UGCUAGUCUGAGACAGGGUAUCACCUCAACUCAAGAAAACGGGAGAAAGUCCGUCGUUGGUUGCAUACUACGAGUCAGAGAAAAUAAACAAAGAAGCGUCGGGGUUAAUCUCUUAUUGCAUCUCCAAACUAGUGACUGUCGUCUUCCUAGUGAGUCGUUUUGCUUUGUUGAUGUAACGACAAGCCACCCGAGUCGUGUGUCGCAACUGACUACGCAGUGCAAAGACUGUUCAACUUAUUAGGCUAAUUCAACUUUUCGUUGACGGAAGGAAAAGUUGUUGCCGAUUCCUGCUACAUUUGAUCACGCUGCGUUCUGGCAACAUUGUAGCCUAUCCGCUUUCCUUUUUUGCUCCAUAGCCUACAUUGAUAUCAUCUGUUGAGAAAACGCAGGUUAGACAGUCGACUCCUAAGCAAUCAACUGGUGAAGGCAUGGAAAUACUGGACAGCGCUGAACCGUUUUUACACUGGGAUCGAAAUCUCAGCGAAUUGUCUGAACCGGGAGAAAAUGACGGAGUUCUGUACAGCACUCACUUCACCGAGCUCCUGGAUGACCUAUCCCAGGAUGCUUUGCUGGGCCAGCUGCUGAGUGACCCCUUCCUGUCGGGCCGCGGCGAGGCGAUGGACACGGAGGAGGACCUGACCCCGGCGUCCCCGGUGCCGCCCCACAUCCAGGCCGAGCACAGCUACUCCCUCAGCGGGGACUCACGCCCCCAGUCCCCCCUCUCACACCUGCCCGGGGAACCAGGCAGCGACGCAGGUGACUCUGACGGAGACGACUGGGCCAUGGAGCAGGACGAUAAGAGCCUGAAGAUGGAGAACCUGCUGUGUGACGCCCCCUCCCUGCUGCCCGCCCUGACCCUCACUAUAACCCCUCCGGCUGCGCCGACCUCUGACCCCGUCGCCAAGGCAACCACCUCCACAGCCGGCGCUACGGCCACCCUCAAGAUGGCCAAUCCCCAGGCCACAGAAGUCAAGAUUAAGGUGAAAGACGACGGGGAGACCUUCACCCCUCAGAUUAAGCUGGAGCCUCAUGAAGUGGACCAGUUCCUCAACCUGUCCCCCAAAGCCUUGGAGUCCCUCCAGAUGCCGCCCACCCCACCCAGUUCCCAUGGCAGCGACUCGGAGGGCAGCCAGAGCCCCGUGCACCCCUGUGCCCCCACCAGCCCCGCGCAGUCCCCCACUGGCCUCAAGGUGGCGCCACGCGCGCCCUCAUCCCUCUCCAACUCCCCACUGCUCACCGCUCCACAUAAGUUGCAGGGCUCAGGCCCUCUGAUGCUGACGGAGGAGGAGAGGCGUACGCUCAUCGCCGAGGGUUACCCUGUUCCCACCAAACUGCCCCUCACCAAGGCCGAGGAGAAGGCCCUCAAGAAGAUCCGCCGCAAGAUCAAGAACAAGAUCUCGGCCCAGGAAAGUCGCAGGAAGAAGAAAGAGUACAUGGAUGCCCUGGAGAAAAAGGUGGAGACAUGCUCUAAUGAGAACAGUGAACUGCGCAGAAAAGUGGAAAACUUGGAAUGCACCAACAAGUCCCUGCUGCAGCAGCUGCACUCCCUCCAGGCGGUGGUGGCAGGAAAGGUCCCUCGCUCCUGCAGAGUCACCGCCGGAACCCAGACCUCCACAUGCCUCAUGGUGGUGGUUCUUUGCUUUGCCGUGUUCCUGGGCAGUUUCUACCAGGGUCUCACUCCCUGCUCCUCCCUCGCAAAGACAGGCCUGUCCAGAGAACUCAGCAUGCAGGACUCUUACACUGCCACAGUGAAGUCCAGAAACUUGCUGUCCUAUGAGGACCACGGAGGCAUGAUGGAGGACUCCCACCCAGCUGGUUUGGGUGGAGAGUACCCCGAGUGGGAUGCCCAGAUGGACGUCAUGGCAACCUGGCGUCAGGAGCAACAGCAUCUUCAGGAGCAGCACGAAACUCACACGCAAGCAGAGGAGACAGACUUCCUGCACAGCAAUGACACACACAGCACACAGAAAACAGCUGUGCUUAUAGACCUGAACACACACAGAUCAGUGGAGCAGAGGUCAAACGACAGCUCAAAAGUGUUCGAGCUGGAGAGGACAGUGAACGAGACGUCCUGAGGAGGUUUGCUCCGCUGGCCCGGGUCGACAUCGCCCCCUGCUGUCUGGGCUGCCCUUGUAUUUAUAAAUCCCCUCGACCCUAAUGUUUAAGUAUAUAGAUGUCUGUGUUUUUCUUUUAUUUUAAAAAACGAAACUCAAGCAUCAAGAUAAAAAAAAAAGAACAGAAAAAAAAACAAAUGUGUAUUUUUUAUUCCAUUUCAUCAUUAUUAUCAUGUUUUGAUACUUAAUUUUAUGUCACCUUUUUUGUUGCAUCUGUUUUCUUAUUUGUUUUUGUUUUCUUAUUUGUUUAAUGUUUUGAGAAAUGCUUUAUCUCUCGCCUUUUUUUAGUUUUGUAGAGGUGGAGGAUGGGGGCUGGAUACUCUAUUUCUCAAAGAUGAACAGAUUAUUGUAGUUGACUGGGAGAUACUCUGCACUGUUAAAGGGACAAGCUUGCUAUUAGCCUAAAGAGAUCACCUCCAGAAAAAACCAAACCACCUCCAAUCACCACUACCACCACUGGCCGCCCCCCCACCCCCCCCAUGCAUCUCUCUGCAUCUGCAGCCCAAAUCCUCUCUGAGAUCACUGAAGCAGAGAUCCCCCUCCUAAAUAAUUCAGACCAGCGGAUGCGUUCACACGUGGCGAAGCAUCUGUCACCAAGCUCAUCACCCCCCCCCCCCUUACCCCUCCCGGUCCCACUUACCCUCGCCCGAGGACAGACACUUGUAGGUCUGUAAUGUCAUCCCCCGCGUUAAAACAUUGAGUACCGGGACACGGAGCAGAGGUGUAGCGACUCUGCCGUGAAAUUUGCACCAUCUUGCCCGAGUCGACUUAAGAAUGAGCUCGGCUCCUAGUACCACGCACUCGCAAGAGGUCUCCUACAGCUUUCCCCACUUGUUCUCUCUCUCUCUCUCUCUCUCUCUCUCUCUCUCUCUCUCUCUCCUUCUCAAGGUAAUUUUGUUUUGUUUUUUAAACCCUGAAAUGCUAAGGAUAGAGUUAUUGGGUGCUUUAUUAUUGAGCUUGAACCCUUGGAAGUUAAUGUUUGGGUUUUUUUUAGGACUUGUAACAGAACUUAUAAGACUUCAUUAAUAGGACACCUCAAUGAACUUUAAAAAGACUGUAGCUAAGAGCAGUGUGAGCUAUGGGUGUGUAUUUCUGCUCGUAAUAUCUACAAGGAGAUGUGAGCCAAUUGAGGCAGUCUAGGCGUUGAGUUGGGUUGUAUGAUGCAUCGGCACUAUGGAGCCAUUGAGCUCUAGGGCCUUUCCACAAGGCGACGCCUGGGAAAGGUUGACCUCCCUGGGGGGGUCGGAUGGCAGUGCCCCCCUUCCCACCUCACAACAACCCCACCCCCCACCUCGGGAGUUUUUUUCGCCGUGGUCGAGUAGGGAGAGUGUGUCACCUUCCCAGCCCUCACUGGGCUUCACUGGCCCAGAUAUCUAAACACCUAGAAAACUAUACAAACAACAACAAACAACACCCCACCCCCACACAUGCACUGUCAAACACUCACUCACUCACACACACACACAAACACACACACACAAAUGCUGACACUCUUCAUCGGGGAUAUAAACGGCCAUGGAGUGGGUGUUGACCUGGACUGAACUCUAUACUCUCUGUAAACCCAAAGAAAUUGAUUUAUCUAUUUAUUCGCUCUUUUCCCCCUCCUCCCCUUUAAAAAGCAGUGCUCCAAUUGUAUUAUUUUGCUUGUAACCGCAGUACCAUAUGUAUGUAUCUAUGCUAUGUUGUCAAAUGAGAGAGAUUUUGUUUUUUUAGGACUUUUGUUUCAUCCAGAAAGUCGGAAGUCUGUUUUUUAUUAUGAUUGUUGUUGUCUUGUUUUCCUGACCGUUGCUCUCACUGGCGUAUAGGCUGUGCUGUGGCGCGCUGGUUGCUUGGAGUGUUAGCGAUAUGUGGUCUUAGUCACGGCAGACCUGGCCGUGGCCAUAAAAACAUCAGCGGGGCUCGUAAUGAUGUUAUUGGUCCCGGCUAAAGUGGUUUCACUGUGUUCCCUACCACUGUGUUUUCACAAACCAAACCACCCAGACAACAAAGCUCACAGAAAAUGGUUCCACUUUAACCUCCCUUAUCUUCUUUGUUGUUUUAUGUUUUUAUUUUUGUCCUUUUUUCCCCCCGUUUCAAAGCAAAUAAAUAUUUUCCGUAGUAAAAGCACGA